AUGCAGUACGAUGGCAACGGCAUGGGCUGUGUAGCUCAGCGGCUGUGCGGCUGGCUUGGCACAGGCGACUGCGACGACCGUCUCGCUCCAGUCGAGGUGCGCCUACCGCAUGAGGCUGUUGCUGACGUCGUCGACGUCGCUGCCGGAGCCGGCCACCUAGUUGUGCUCCUCGCCGACGGCACGCUUGUUGGGUGCGGCGACGAUGCCGUCGGCCAGCUCGGCGGCGAUGGAUCGCGAACAGAGAUGACAGUGCUCGCUGCGCUGAUGGAGGCGCUCGGCGGCGAGCGGGCGGUGGGCGUGGCAGCUGGCUGGGAGCACAGCCUGGUGGUUACGGCGUCAGGCGCAAUCUACGGCACUGGUGCCAAUGCCUUUGGCCAGCUCGGUACCGGGCCGGACGGCCUCGGGCCGGGCCUAGUCUCGGGCUUUGGUCCAGGCCGCGUGGCUGUGGCUUGCAGCGCCGGCAUGCGCCACUCGAUGGCGGUCACCGAUGCCGGCGAGGUCUACGCAUGGGGCGAUGGCAAGUUUGGCCAGCUCGGCCUUCCCGCUGACGUGCUUGACAGCCACCGCACCGGGCGCAAGGUGCUCGUCUGCACGCCAGAGCAGGUUGGCGGCAUCGGCGAUGCAGUAAGCGUGGCCUGCGGCUACAAGACGUCGACGCUUGCGCUCGCCGACGGGCGUGUGCUUGCUUGCGGCGCCGCUGCGCACGGCACACUUGGUGUAGGAGAGUGCGCGGACAAGAUCGUUCCCACUUUUACACCUGUAGCUGGCGAGCUGCCUGGCACUGGGCCGCUCCGCUCAGUCCACGCCGGCUGGUCGUUUAGUCUUGUGCACGCUCCGAGCGGCGCAGUGUCGGCUGCUGGAUCCAACAGCCGCGGCUGGCGCCACCAGCCUUGUCUCGCUCCCACUACCCGGCGACGUCGUCUCAAUCGCCGCGGGCUCUGA